CGUUUUUUAACCUGAUCUGCCCCAGGAUGUGGCUUCUGGGGUGACGUCGGGCCCAGAUGUUCUCCCCAGACCACGCCCACACCCGGGAUUGAAACACCCUCUGAGCAGCGAUAACGGGCAAAGCUUGUUGUAUUGUCACAAUGCAAGGGAAGGGGUAGACCAGCGGCAUUAUUUUUUUUAUGUUUAUUAUUUGGCAUCCUUAAAAAAAAUCAGCUUUUGAAGCCGAUGAAGCCGCAGCUUCCUGAGCUGGGAUUUCCUCUCUUUCCUUUCACUGGACUUCAAAUGCAUUCACUUUUUAAUGACCGGCCGGGUGGGAUCUUCCUGGACGAAGUGCAGUUUUGGUAAAGCUACAAACCCAGCGUGCUCAGAGAGAGAAGACCCAUCCCCCACCCCCUCCGCCCACCAGCUUGGAUAUAGAGAGAUAUAUUUAUAUAUAUAUUUUUAUGCAAAGAGAGAAAAAGUGCAAUUCGAGAUUAAAACAAACAAUUUCUCUGUAAAAUGGCAGCCGCCGCCUAUGUGGAUCAUUUUGCAGCCGAGUGCCUUGUUUCCAUGUCCAAUCGCGCGAUUGUCCAUAGCCCCAAAGAGGACCCCGACACCUCACCCGAAGGCACAGCAGCCCCUCCUUUUCCGAAUGCUGAAGACAGGCGAGAAGGCAGAGAGACUGGCAAGGACAACGCCUCUUUGAUCGUGGUGGCCAGGAUUUUAGCUGAUCUUAACCAACACGUCCCAGCUCCUGCCCCACCGACGGAGAGGAGGGAAAAUGUCUCCAAAAAGGAGAAAUUACCUAGCCGCCUCUCUCCGUCUGGGGAUCCGGCUCAGGAAGCCGCCUCCCCGGACAGCCGAUGGAGUGGAGAAGCAGCCACACCUACUAGUCCAGCAGGGAGCGAGCCCAGCCUCAAACAAAGAAGCAGACGGGGGAGAAGCCGAGCUGACCCCGAGUCACCUCAGAAAAAGCACAGAUGCCACUACGCGGGCUGCGAAAAAGUUUAUGGCAAAUCCUCCCACCUCAAAGCUCACCUAAGGACUCAUACAGGCGAGAGACCCUUUGCCUGCAGCUGGCAGGACUGCAGUAAGAAAUUUGCCCGGUCCGAUGAGCUCGCCAGGCACUACCGCACCCACACGGGGGAGAAGAAAUUCAGCUGCCCUAUCUGCGAGAAGCGUUUCAUGCGCAGUGACCACCUGACCAAACACGCCCGCCGCCACGCCAACUUCCAUCCCAGCAUGCUCCAGCGGCGAAGCGGGAGCAGCUCCAGGACAGGAUCGGUCAGUGACUACAGCCGCUCCGACGCCAGCAGCCCCACCAUCAGCCCCGCCAGCUCGCCCUGAAUCUCGCUGGACUGGGCAGUCGCAAAACCUACCAUGCACUCUGUGGAGUCUGACUUGUGUUGCACACGUCUACAACUCUCUUGCUUGUUGUUGCUGUUUAAUUUUGGUUUGUUUUGUUUUGUUUUGGAAAAAAAAUAGUUCAGUUAUAGCUUGCAGUCUCGGCAAAUACUUGUCGCCUCUUCCUGUGGGUGGCUGAACUAACCUUACCAAUGGACGGAUUGAAUUCAUUUCCUCUACCUAAAUAUUCCUUUUGUUUUAUAGCCAUAUGCUUCUUGUUAACCUAUAUUUUUUUUAAAGAGAAAAACGUUUUUUAAAAGCCAACAACAAAACUUUUCUUCACCUCAGGUGUCAAAGCAGAUUUGUAAAAAAAAAAAAGAAGAAAAAAAAAAAGAAAAAAAAGAAAGAAGUGAAAAAAAAUAUAAAAAUAAAAAAACACAAAUUGCACAAUAGAAACAACAUUGUGAUUAAAAUUCAACUAUGUUGAACUGUCCCCGAACCCCCACCCCUUCCCCUUUCUCAGGGAUGGAUAUUUAUGUUACACAAUAAGUACAGUGAAGACACACCCUUACUGCAGCCUUACUCUGUAAAUAGAUUUGCACUCAGAAGUUUUCUGUUAGAUUCUUUCACACACUGGGGAAAAAGACAGACAAUAAUAAUUAUAAUUGAUAAUAAUAAAAGAAACAAGGACUGGAAGCUAGUGCUUGACUGGUCAGUUUCAUAAUGGAAAUGUGUUCUUUGGGUUUAUGUUAACAACACGCAGGACCAAACUCAUGAGGUCUGGGAGCUAUAGCCUGUUCAGGAAAGCUCUGCUCUGGUCUUGCUUCCGGCUCUCUGCACCCCUACCUCUCCCUCAGUCCCUCCCCAACUCCACUCAUUUACCCCUACUCCCAACCACCUGCCCAUCGCUUCUGAGUGCCGAGUCUGUAACCCUGGUUAUUUCUUUAAGGUGGGAUCCCACUUCCAACCACAGAAAUGAAAAGCAAAAUUCUCCCCAUUCAAGGCCGAGGUUGAAGGCACUUAGGCCUUGCAGAGAUCCCCCAAAGUGAUGCCUUAAGCCUGAUUGGCAAAGGGUAGAAAAGCCACAGCUAUGCUAAGGCCCCCUGCUUCUGAGAGAUGGCAUCACCCUCCUCAAAAGGCAGCCGCUCCUUCAAUAGUAUUGUCCCUGGGGACCCUUUUCUCCCAAGUGGUCGAGCUCUAAGCAUUCUCUCUCCACUGAAUUAACAGGAAAUGCUAAAGCCCUAUCACUGAGACCAACUUUCCCCUUUUUUUGAAGUGCUGAGGAAGCAGAAUGUGGAAGGAGUCCUCUGCUGGCCCCUCUUCCCCUGCCCCCACAUGGAGUCUUACUAAGGUACUUACCUACUGCACCCAUGGAAGCCACUGAGAUACCGAACUUGCACAACACAGGAAGUUCCUCUACCCCCUUGCAACAUAACUGUGGUGAAUGGUAAAAGCAAAAGGAACCUUUUAUUAUAAUAACAUGUACUCUGACUGGAAAAAUAAAACAUACCUAUUUUUUUAAGUGUCAAAAAGUGUUACUAGCUCAUCCAUGGUUUAAAAAUCUCCACUGAUUCUUAAAGCAACCUCAUGGCUGCUACUAAGGCAUCUUCUACGUAAGAAAAAGGGAAUUGGAAGGGGUAAGUUUUAACUAUUGGGGCAUUUUCUCAGGUGCACGGUAGCUUGUGUGCUGUGUAUAUAUAUGUAGAAUACACAUAUGUAAGCAUGCACAAUAUGCUGCACAAUUUGUAUUCUAUUGCAAGAGACUGGAACAUUGUGACUUGGAGACAUUUUUUCGUGGGUAAAGUGAACUGACCUAACAAAAAUGCUGGCAGAACAAACUACAAACUCCACUCCCUCCUCCAACUUUUUCCACAAGGAACUGUGUAAAGCGUUACAGGGAUUUUUCUCCCUUGUUCUAAGCUGCCACUCUGGGGGUGAGGGGUGGGGAGGAGGACCCAUCCUUGUAUCCCUAGGUCCUUUUCCCAGUCAGGGUUGGCCUCAAUCAAAAUUGAGCUUUGGUGACCAAACCUACAUCCCUUUUCCUUGACUGUAUUUCCUGUUCACCAAUGCCCCUUCUUUCCCUCUUCCCAACUCCAGGACAAGUGAUUCUUCAAAUGUUACACCUAGCGUUGUAGAAACCCUCAACUUCUGUUAUUUUUCAGAAUACAUUUCACUUUGCCUGGGAAGAAAUGGCCAUCAAGUUCAAUGUAAUGGCCAGAAUUACCAACAAGUCCUUUUGGUUCAUUUGGGUUAGUUCAGAGGGAGUUUCUUGAACUGGGGAGGGGGUGUCCUUUGGACCUCUGUUUUGCAUUUUAAUUUCAUGUUACUGUAAGAAUGGAAAUGCCAUAGUGUAGCAUAGCAAAGGAAUUACAACCAACCAACCAUAUAGAUAUGUGUGUACACACACAUACACACAGAGUACCCUGAUCUGCUGUUUGUCAUCAAGUAAAUGCCUCCACAUUCCCAAGGAGUUUAAAUUCCUCUCUCAUUUUGCUGCUUUGCACUGUUCCAAUUUGCCAGUUUCUAAUUUUGUACUGUAUGUUAACUGUGAUAGGCUAAUAAUAUGUUAGAGAUUUCUAAGUAGUGUAAUAGGUACUUGCAUUUAACAGUUGCGUUGUUCAUAAUGUCUUGCACUGUUUUAGUUGUGUGGUGGGUGGCUACUUAAGCCCAGGUUGAAGCAUAGCUGUUCAGUCUUUAAAUACAUACAUAUAUACACACAUAUGUGUGUAUAUGUAUAGAUAUAUAUACAUAUAUGUGUGUAUACACACACACUCACACACAUAUAGUUGCAACUGUCACCUGGCUUCAUUUUUAUUUAAUUAUUCUCAUUCAUUUUGGCUGGGCCUUUGGAUUGAAAAUGAGGGUCUAGUAUGAGAAGGAAUAUAAUGUGUUUAUAGAAUAGAGAAAGAUAAGCUUGGGGAAUUAUGGUGUAUUCUACCCAAUUGGUUGUCUGAAAGGCUGUAGCCAGGUGUCCCUGAAGGGCAAAUUUAUCAUGUUUUCCAAAGUUGUUGCCGUGCUUUUCAUAGAAAGCUGAUUAUUGGAUACAUUUCAAAUACCAGGAAUUCACAUUCCAGACUUAUGGGUACUUACCCCAAAGUCUUUUGGUGUUGUGGUCACUGAAGUGGCCCCAUGUGCAAACAGAGAGGGAGAUGAAUGCUUCAGAAUUUUUUGGUUUUGUUUUUUCCGUGCCAAGUGCACAUGCUUUUAAAGCCAUACGCAGAGGGGCCCAUAAGUGAUUUUUCUGGCUAUUAUCAUGUUGUGAUAGCUAAGAUGUGUUUUUAGAUCCCACAUCUGUGUAGAUAGGGAAAAAAUGAUAAAGGGAACUCUUAGUAUAAUAAGCUUCUUUUAUUAGUGGAAUAAGGGCUGGGAGAGGGAGAGAAGGAAGAUUUGCUAUUCCCAAAGAAAGCACUUUGUUUCAUUUUAAUUUCAAUGUAGGACCUUAAUCUAGGGCCAUUCUGUCCACUAGAUGGAAGGGCAACAUUGCCUUAAUGUAGGAUUCUACUGUAUCAUGGAAGCUUGAACAGAGUGAGGUGGUAUUGGCCAUUGCUGGGAAAGGAACCCAGCAGUGUCUUCAUUGUCUUCAUUCCUAAAGUGGUUUUGAUUCCACUUGAUGAAAUGAAAUGGGGGUAAUGCCCUAGAAGUGAGCAAUCAGGGCUAUUGUUGAUGUCUGAGACACAGUUAUAGAACUACUGUUUGCUGGCAGGUUGCAGGGCCUAAUUUCCAUUGUCUCACCUUAAUCCUUAGGGGAUUUAAACUUUGUCUCUAACAAGAUUUGGGCUGUGGGCAAAUAGAAUUCUCUCAUCAGAGGGCCAUUUCACUAGAAAUAGAAUUCCGAAGGCAGUUUGUGUGGCUUGUAGUGUGUCUUUAACAAAAAAGAAUGCAAUUAAAAAAAAGAAAGCCCUCAGGCCUCAGUUGAAAAAAACAGCAAAAUCUUUGUUUAUACAAUGGUAAAUUCUCCUGAAACAAACAGCCAUGUUUUGCUUUGUUUUCUGGUCCAAAAUAUGUCUGCCAGACAUCUGGGGCUCUUUCACUUGUUUUGAGUUUGGGGGCCACCUCAGGUGUCUUUGGGUCUGGGUAUAUGUAAAGUGGAUGCCUCAAAAUUCUAAAAAAAAAAUGAGAAGAGAUUUAAAUUCCAUCAAGGUGAGAAGGAAUGAAGAAUUUAAAGGGAGCUUGCCCCACAAGAAUCUCAGCUGACCUUUCCUGGACCAAAGUGGUGCUGAUCCAUAUCUAAAUAUUUUUUCCAACUAGGCCUCCAAAACUUUGAAAUUCACCUCAAAUCCCUAGACACACUCUAUAGAAAAAAUUGUCUUAUCUUCUGGGGAAACUGUCUAAUUCCUUGAAUGCUUCUAAUUCCUUGAAUGCUUCCUGAAUCCCAAGUAGCCAUAAAGAUGAAAAUGUGGAUCGACACAAUCAUCUUUAUAAAGGGCUUUGAGAUCGAUCCUCUUUUUGAAAGGUGCUAUGUAAAUGCAAAGUAUCAGAUUACUCCAACAUAUAGUCUCUAUUAUGUUAAUCUUAAGCUCCCAGAGUGGAGUGACUUCAGGCUUCCAAACAACAUGGGGGACAAAUACUGCAUUUUGAUAUAUUGCUCUCCCAUGUGGGUCUUGACAUUGGUCCAAUACAUCAGAAGGCAGAGUCUGAUCCCCCCUCCAGUUCUUAGGGAAAAUCUCUUGCCUGGUAAGCAGAGGCAGUGGGAACAGUUUGGUUUUAUAGCUUUAAACAUCCACUAACAAAUGGUUUUUGCCACCGUUUCAAUGAAACUAAGGCUUGAGUUUGAAGGUAUGGGGUGGGACAGGGAAUUAAGGAUACAGUUCAAAAUGGCUUUUACAUGCUCUUUAGCCUGAGGCAAGAGGCAAGUAUCAGAAGGCAAGUAUCACAGUUGAAUGCUAUCCACUUAAACUCACUGUCUCCAACAACAGCAACAAUUCAUGCUAGCUAUUAUAGCAAUGCUAUUGUAAGGGUGGGUAAUGCAUUUUGUGACAUCUCAUUGCUGGAACUUUGAGAGCCAGUUACUGUUGUGUUAGAGCUAUAAACUCACGCCUAACCAGUUUGGUUGAUUUGUUUCCAUGGAAUCCAGGCAGUUGUCCCAAAGAGUCAAGAUAAAAGGCCUUUAUUUCUUGGUUACAUUGCAACCAAUGAGGAAUAGUCGAAAAAUGAUAGAGAUGACUUAGAUCAGUGGUGUCAAACUCAAAUACAAAAGAAGGGGGCCAUUAAGCUGUACAUAAAGAUCUAGGGGGUGAUGUGUUGACUUCAAAAAUCACAUAUUAACAUUAUCUUUGUUUUAUUGUAUUUUUAUUUAUUUUGUUAAAUAUUUCCCAAUUACAUUUUAAUCUGGUUCAUCACUGGGCUGUAUAUUUGACACCUCUGACUUAGAUCAUCCUGUGUGUUUUGCUAUCCAAAGACUUAAACCAUACAUAUAUAUGUAUAUACAUUGUGUAUAUAUCACAUGUACAUAUGUACAUAUAUACAUAUAUAUUGAUAGGAGUAGUUUUCCUGACACUGGGACUCACUGACACCGGAUUUUAGUGACUUGUCCUAGAGACAUUCUAGUGCAUUUCUCACUUGGUUUCUGUUAAGAAAUCUAACCUACUAUAUUGAUGGGCAACAUAACCUAAUUGAGAGAGGUAGCUAUUUAUUUUGUGGAGUACAAACUGAGGUUUCCUAGAUGAUUUACUUUAUUAUUGUUUAUAUUCCAUAUUAGUAUAAAAAGUUUUAUUUGACAUGAGAUUUGAAUCUUGGGUCCAUUCAAGUUAGAAAUGCCAGAUUGCAUAGGUUUCUUAUUAUCACCCUGAAUUAUCAGGCCAUAUUACUGACUGUCUUCUCCAAUAUGGAUUUAAAAUCUUUUAAUUAAAACAAAAAACAAAUAGACACUCUUCUCUACCCCUCAUUGUAGAAAGUAGUCUGUAUAGUGUGAAUAGCUUUCUUGCUCUAUCUGCCCCCUCCUGCCACUUCUUUCAUUCCCAUUUCAUGUUGGAGGAGAUGUUAAUGUCAGGAAAAACAACAAACAGUGGUAAAAACUCUGCUUUCUGAUUUGGAAAUAAAUUUACUAGAUGAAUUCUGAAGAACUCAAAUCCUACCUAUUAAAAUUUGCCCCUUUCUGCUCAGAACUUGAGAGAAUUAUUAGCCAACUUGACCUUGAACUACAUUUCAAUCCCAUAUUACUCUAUGAAAGAAAGUGAAUGGGAUCAUUUUUCUAGGGCAUGACACAGGCUAAGACUCUAGCUGGGGUUGGGAUGGGAGUGAGGAACUGAAGUCUAAAAAUUUACUUUUUUUGGUGCUUUUGAGAAGCUGGAUUUUCCUUGCUUUCGGACACUGCCACCUUAUGCAGUCAAAAAAAUGUAUUUAUGCCCAAGGGUUUUGGUGGGAAUGGGAACAAGGAUCAGGGGGAUUUUAUUCAUAUGUGUGGCAGAGAAGAAAGAAUUUUCUUCCCAUUACCAUCUCUGAUUUUGUAAAAUCAGUUGGCAUUGAGGUUCCCAGCCUCAAGGAGUAGAGCAUUCAGGAAAGGGUCUCUUAAACAACUUCUACUUGGUAUGGGUUUGGGGGUGGAGAGUCACAUCUUGAUCUGUGAGUGUACAGACAGCCUUAUUUAUGUAUAUAUCCACAGGGACUAGGAGACAAAUCACCUCCAGAUCCCUGCACACAGAAGUUCUGUCCUUUCCCUUUUGAUGUGAUCUUUGAGGGAACUAUUUGCAGGUAGCCAAGGGCAAAAUCCAAGGGUCCUAGACCAUUUCCACAAAGCACACAUUUUCUUUUUCUGUCUGAACUUAAAACAAACAAACAAACAAACAGCAACACACCAAUGCUUCCAAAGGUCCCUCAUCAACUUUCCAAAUCACUACAUUAAAGUAUUACAGUUGUACAGUUCCAUACUGGUCUACAUGUGCUCUGCUGUAACUUUCUAUGUAUUUUGUAUCACAUAGAUUAUAUAUUGUAAUGAUGUCCUAUGCAAAAAGAAAAAUUAACAGAAUUGUAAAAUAUAUUGUCUUAACUUGUUAUGCAUGUUUAGUGAUGUUUACAUUUUGAAAUAAAAAUUUAUAAUGAA